CUUAAUAUUUUUACCUCAACAGGCAAAAAAAAUUGUCUUGCGUGUCCUGCAGGUUCUUCCCCGCCAAUUAACUAAAAAUUGAAUCUCCGCAAUGGAAUGGCCACCUCCAUACUGUUAGACACUCUUCUACUCCACCACAAAUGCACCUCACCACUCACAUUAUCACACGCCAAGCAACUCCAAUCCUACCUCACAACAUCCGGCCACUUCCAUCUCAGAAUCUCCUCUCCCCGCUCUAAACUGCUCGAACUCUACGCCUUGUCUCUUAACAGCCUCUCCAUUGCCAUCGCCGCUUUCUCCCAAAUCCUCACUCCUUCCACCAAUGACUGGAACGCUCUCUUACGUGGCUUCAUACAAAGCCCUAACCCAUUAGAUGCCUUUAACUGGUACAAAACCAUGAUCCGUGGCUCUCACAGAGUCGACGCCUUGACUUGCUCUUUUGUUUUAAAAGCUUGUGCUCGAGUUUUAGCUUCUUCUGAAUCUACCCAGUUGCAUUCUCAUAUUAUGCGUAAAGGGUUUAUCGCUGAUGCUUUGUUGGGUACUACUUUGCUUGAUUUGUACGCGAAAAGUGGUGAUAUUGAUGGUGCGCGGAAGGUGUUUGAUGAAAUGCUUGUGAGAGAUAUUGCGUCUUGGAAUGCUUUGAUUUCUGGGUUUGCUCAAGGGAAUAAGCCCAGUGAAGCAUUGGGUUUGUUUAAUACGAUGGAGAAUUUGGGGUUCAAGCCUAAUGAAGUUACUGUUCUUGGUGCUUUAUCGGCUUGUUCGCAGUUGGGUGCUUCUAAUGAAGGUAAGAAGGUUCAUGAGUAUAUAAGGAAUGAGAAGUUGGAUAGAAACGUGCAAGUUUGUAAUGCGGUUAUUGAUAUGUAUGGUAAAUGCGGGUUUGCUGAUAAGGCGUUUUUGGUUUUUGAGAGUAUGAAUUGUUUUAAGAGUCUUGUUACUUGGAAUACAAUGAUAAUGGCAUUUGCAAUGCAUGGUGAUGGGGAUAAAGCUCUUGAGCUUUUCGAGCAUAUGCCUCGACAAGGAUUUAACCCUGAUGCAGUGUCUUAUCUUGCAGUGCUGUGCGCAUGUAAUCAUGCAGGGUUAGUAGAAGAGGGCUAUAGAUUGUUUAAUUCUAUGGAGAAGAAGGGAGUUUUACCUAAUGUUAAGCACUACGGGAGUGUUGUUGAUUUGUUGGGCCGAGCUGGAAGGCUUCAGGAAGCGUAUGAUGUGAUCAAUUCCAUGCCGAUGGUGCCUGAUUUGGUACUUUGGCAGACCUUGCUUGGAGCUUGUAAGACUUAUAAAAAUGUAGAAAUGGCAGAAGUUGUUUCUCAGAAGCUAGUAGAAAUGGGGUCUAAUCAUGAUGGUGAUUUCAUUUUGUUAUCAAAUGUAUAUGCGGCACAAGAGAGGUGGACUGAUGUAGGGAGGGUGAGGGAGGCUAUGAAGAAUAGGGAUUUGAAGAAGGCGCCCGGAUUUAGCUACAUUGAAGAAAAUGGGGUAAUGCACAAGUUCUACAAUGGCGAUAAGAUUCAUGAAAGUUGGAGGGAAAUUUAUGCCAAGUUGGAUGAGAUUAGGUUCAGGAUUAAGGAAUAUGGAUAUUUGGCUGAGACAAGCUUCGUGUUGCAUGAUAUAGGAGAGGAAGAGAAAGAGAACGUGUUGUGUCAUCACAGCGAGAAGCUGGCCGUGGCGUUUGGUUUGAUUAGCACUAGCGAAGGGAUGCCGAUUCAAGUAAUUAAGAAUUUGAGGAUAUGCGGUGAUUGCCAUGUUGUGAUUAAGCUUAUAUCGAAGAUAUAUAAUAGAGAAAUUAUUGUGAGGGAUCGAGUAAGGUUUCACAGGUUUAAGCAGGGUUCUUGUUCUUGCAAAGAAUAUUGGUGAAUCAAGUUUAUUCAUUUAUUCUUAGCAUUGUUCUUUAAGUAGUAGGAUUCUAUGGAGAUGUAAUAAGAAUCAAACCACGUCAAAUAUUUAUAUAAAAUUUUGUUUUGAUUAAUCAAAAUUUAUAAUUACUUCAGUUUGGUUUGAUACAUAUAAAUUGAGAUUAAAAUUAUAUAUAA